AUGGAAAAGGCAACAUGUAGAUUUCCAAAUUGGGUUUCUACGAAAAUUGUCGAUUUUUAUGCAGAACAGGGUAUAAACUAUUUGUUCGACUGGCAACUGGAUGUACUAACAGAAGCAAACGAGUCUACCAAUCAACACCUAAUAUUCAGCGCACCAACUAGCGCAGGAAAGAGUAUAGUAGCUGAGCUUCUAGCAUGGAAGGUUGCUUCAACAGGAAAGAAGGUCUUAUUCGUACUACCAUACAUCUCCGUCGCACGAGAAAAACUUCAUCAAAUCCAAAGGUGUUGGAGGAGAGAUGACAUCGCUGUUUGUGGAUUCAUUGGUCCCCAGGCGUCAAAUCCAAACGAAUGGAUUGGAGCUGUUUGCACAAUUGAAAAAGCUGCUAGUCUGACAAAUCGAGCACUUUCUGAGGAAUGGUUUAAUGAAAUUGGAAUGAUGGUUGUGGAUGAGAUGCAUAUGGUUUUUGACUCCUCAAGAGGAGCCCAUAUCGAACACAUGCUCUCGAAAGUUCUUUUAUGGAAUUCAAUGAAUUCUGAAGAGAAAAUUCGAAUUAUUGGAAUGAGCGCUACGAUUCCUGAGUUGAACCGACUGGGAGAAUGGUUAGAAAGCGGAAAAGUUUGUGAAGCUAAUUUUCGGCCAAUCAGAUUGAAUAAUCAUAUAAUAAUUGGAUCGGAAAUGAAAAGGAUUGGUUCUGAAGAGAGUGUUCGUGAAUUUUCGGAAGAUCCAUUAAUCACUCUAGCCAAGGAAAGCUUCCUUGAGAACCAACAAACUCUAAUAAUGAUUUCUUCGAAGUUGGAAGCCGAGAAGACCGCGCUAAACAUUGCUAACCAUUUCCAUGAGCUCAAAUUGCUGGAUGAUUCUAUGAUGGAGCGAUUGAGAGAACGCGCCGAUGGACUGUUAUUCAUCAAGAAUGGCCUAGAAAGACAUGGAUGCAAAGAUCGGAAUGUGAUGUCUGCAUUAGCAUGGGGAGUUGCUUUUCAUCAUGCUGGAUUGACGAUGGAAGAGAGAGAAUGCAUUGAAAUGGGAUUUCGAGAGAAGAGCAUUAUCAUUUUGGUUGCAACGAGCACAUUGGCUUCAGGUGAGAGCUACAGAAGCACUUUCCAUCUUUUCUGA